AUGCCCUCGAGUCACCAAGGGACAAAAUCAAUUUAUAUUCAUGGGGUGACAGGAGGUUCCCAAGAACUGACUAUGUUGGAGGCCGAAAUCAGCCUCACUGGUGAAGACUGGCAAAAGCACCCUAUUGUUACUGGCCCAGGGGCUCCAUGUAUACUUGGUAUUGAUUACCUCAAAAGGGGAUAUUUUAAGGAUCCCAAAGGGUAUCGAUGGGCCUUUGGAAUAGCUGCUGUAGACACAGAAGGUGCUAAGCAGUUAUCUGCUUUGCCUGGCCUAUCAGAAGAUCCGUCUGUUGUGGGGUUGCUACGAGUAGAAGAGCAACAGGUACCGAUAGCUACAAAAACGGUGCACAGACGGCAGUACCGCACCAACAGGGAUUCCUUGCUCCCCAUUCAGAAGUUAAUUCAUCAAUUAGAGAACCAGGGAGUGAUCAGCAAAACUCACUCGCCUUUUAACAGCCCCAUAUGGCCAGUGCGUAAAGCCAGUGGAGAAUGGAGGCUGACGGUGGACUACCGUGGCCUGAAUGAAGUCACACCCUCAUGGAGUGCUGCUGUGCCAGAUAUGUUAGAACUCCAAUACGAACUGGAGUCAAAAGCAGCUAAGUGGUAUGCCACCAUUGACAUUGCUAAUGCCUUUUUCUCCAUUCCUUUGGCCAAAGAAUGUAGGCCACAGUUUGCUUUCACAUGGAGGGGCAUUCAGUAUACCUGGAACCGUUUGCCCCAGGGGUGGAAACACAGCCCGACCAUUUGCCAUGGGUUGAUCCAAGCUGCACUGGAACAGGGAGGUGCUCCUGAGCACCUGCAGUACAUUGAUGACAUCAUUGUGUGGGGCAACACAGCAAAGGAAGUUUUUGAGAAAGGAGAGCAAAUAAUCCAGAUCCUUCUCCGUGCUGGUUUUGCUAUUAAGCGAAGCAAAGUGAAAGGACCUGCCCAGGAGAUUCAGUUCCUAGGCAUAAAGUGGCAAGAUGGCCGUCGUCACAUCCCAACAGAUGUGAUUGACAAAAUCACUGCCAUGUCUUCCCCCACUAAUAAGAAAGAGACACAAUCGUUUCUGGGCGUAGUGGGUUUUUGGAGAAUGCAUGUUCCAAACUACAGCCUCAUUGUAAGCCCACUUUAUCAGGUGACACGGAAGAAGAAUGAUUUUGUGUGGGGUCCUGAGCAGCAGCAGGCUUUUGAGCAGAUUAAACAGGAGAUAGCCCGUGCUGUGGCCCUGGGGCCAGUACGGAUAGAACAGGAUGUGAAGAACAUCCUCUACACUGCUGCUGGAGAGAAAGGCCCCACUUGGAGUUUGUGGCAAAGAGCAUCAGGAGAGACCCGAGGCCGACCCUUGGGAUUCUGGAGUCGAGCCUACAGGGGGUCGGAGGAGGGCUACACUCCAACUGAGAAGGAGAUCUUAGCUGCAUAUGAGGGGGUUCGGGCUGCUUCCGAAGUAGUCGGUACUGAAACACAGCUCCUUCUGGCACCUCGACUGCCAGUGUUGAACUGGAUGUUCAAGGGAAAGGUUCCUUCCACCCAUCAUGCCACUGAUGCCACUUGGAGUAAGUGGAUUGCACUGAUUACACAACGAGCACGGAUAGGGAACCUCAGCCGUCCAGGAAUCCUAGAGGUCAUCAUGGACUGGCCUGAAGGUAAAAAGUUUGGAACACCACCAGCAGAGGAAGUAUCACGUGCUAAAGAAGCCCCACCAUACAAUGAACUACCAGAGAAUGAAAAGAAAUAUGCCCUAUUCACAGAUGGAUCGUGUCGUAUUGUGGGAAAGCAUCGCAGAUGGAAAUCUGCUGUGUGGAGCCCCACACGACAAGUUGCAGAGGCCACUGAAGGGAAAGGAGAAUCAAGCCAAUUUGCAGAGGUAAAGGCUGUCCAACUGGCUUUAGAUGUUGCUGAACGGGAGAGGUGGCCAAUGCUCUAUCUCUACACUGACUCAUGGAUGGUAGCAAAUGCCUUAUGGGGGUGGUUACAGCAGUGGGAGCAAAAUAACUGGCAAAGAAAGGGCAAGCCUAUUUGGGCUGCUGACCUAUGGAAAGAUAUUGCUACCCGAACAAAAAAUAUGGUUAUAAAGGUGCGUCAUGUAGAUGCUCAUGUGCCCAAGAGUAGAGCUACAGAAGAUCAGCGAAAUAACCAUCAGGUAGACCAAGCUGCCAGAAUUGAGGUGGCUCAAAUAGACCUGGACUGGCAGAACAAGGGUGAAUUAUUUCUAGCUCGGUGGGCCCAUGAGACCUCAGGUCAUCAAGGAAGAGACGCAACAUACAAAUGGGCCAGAGACCGAGGGGUGGACUUAACUAUGGAUGCCAUUGUACAAAUCAUUCAUGACUGUGAUACAUGCGCCACAAUUAAACAAGCUAAGAGGAUGAAACCUCUCUGGGAGGAAGGGCGAUGGCAAAAGUACAAAUAUGGGGAGGCAUGGCAGGUUGAUUAUAUCACCUUGCCACGAUCUCGCAAUGGUAAGCAUUAUGUGCUCACCAUGGUGGAGGCAACAACCGGGUGGCUUGAAACAUAUGCAGUACCCCAUGCUACCGCCCGAAACACCAUAUUAGGUCUGGAGAGGCAAAUCCUGUGGCGACAUGGCACCCCAGAAAGGAUUGAGUCAGAUAAUGGGACUCAUUUUAAAAAUUCACUUGUGGAUACUUGGGCCAGAGAACAUGGCAUCGAGUGGAUUUAUCAUAUCCCCUAUCAUGCACCAGCCUCUGGUAAGAUCGAACGCUACAACGGGUUGUUAAAAACCAUGUUGAAAGCAAUGGGUGGCGGAACAUUUAAACACUGGGAGAAGCACUUGGCAGAAGCCACCUGGCUGGUUAACACCAGAGGAUCAAUCAGUCGAGAUGGUCCUACCCAAUCCAGCUCCCUACAUAUUGUAGAGGGAGAUAAGGUCCCUGUAGUACAUGUAAAGAACAUGUUAGGAAAAGCAGUUUGGGUUUUUCCUCCUUCUGGGAAGGGCAAACCUCUUCGCGGAACUGUCUUUGCCCAGGGACCUGGGUCCACCUGGUGGGUGAUGCAGAAAAACGGGGAUGUUCAGUGUGUACCACAAGGGAAUUUGAUGUUGGGGGAGUGCAGUCUGUAAUCCCAUGUGUUAAGCAUGAUGUAGUGAUGUAGAAUAAGGGGUGGAAUGUCAUGGUUUUAUGAUUUUUGGUCAUCAGUAUUCCACACCAUAACAUCAUGUAAUGCACUGGGGGUGGGGUUUGAUAUCUGCCGAAUGUUCGUCCGUCGGAGAAGAACUACAUUUCCCCAGGAGGCUUUGCGGUCAGCAAGGGGAUAUAACUCCAUGCAAGGUCACCUGAGCCUUCUUCUUCGCCUGCGCUUCGCUGUCUGCGCUUCGCUGUCUGCGCUUCGCUAUCUGCGCUUCGCCGCCUGCGCUUCGCCGCCUGCGUUUCGCCAUCUGCACUUCGCCGUCUGUACUUCAGUCACUCAACUGGACUGCACUUCUCACCCCAGGAUUGUGGUGAGGUCUAUACAAUUCAAACAGACUCUCUCUCUCUCUCUCUUUGUAACUCUCUCUCUCUCUCUCUUUGUAGUUUACUAAUACUAUAUUUAGUAAAAUCAUUUGUUCCACCUCA